UUCUCUCUACAACUUUCUCCACCUUCUCUACAACCUUCUUCUUCUCUAUUCUUCUCUGUACAUUCCUCUUUACUCUUCUUUCUUCUUCUUCUUGUGGCUUCUUCUCUUUCUUUCCUUCUCAGGUCAAACUCCACUGAUGGAGUUAUCAUGUACUAUGUUAAUAAAUGUUUUCGUGUGGAGUAUUGUGCACGACUAAUUGUUUAUAAAAUCUCAGAUCAGUUGAGAAAAUUAAGAGCAGUUUGUUAAAAUGGGAAAUAUGUUUGUAAUUUUGAAGCCAAUUAUUCAUGGUGUAAUGAAAGUAAUUGGAAUGACAUCCCAGUUAGUGGAAAUAGAACCAGGAACUACAAUGCAUUUUUGGGUUCCAACUGAUUCCAUUCAUCCAAACAACAAAUUAUCAAAUAAAUCUCCUAAGCCUCCAGUUGUAUUUGUUCAUGGAUUUGUUGCCAAUGGAAUUGUGACAUGGCCUUUUCAACUACUCUCCUUAAGUUCAGAUUUUGCUGUCUACGUUCCUGAUCUACUUUUCUUUGGAGAUUCCAUCACCACUCGUCCUGAACGGUCAACAAGUAUUCAGGCGGAAUGCUUAGCAAAGGGAAUGAUGAAGCUGGGUGUGGAGAAGUUUUCUGUUGUUGGGCUAAGUUAUGGAGGAAUGGUUGGGUUCAAGCUGGCUCAAUUGUAUCCUCACAUGGUUGAAUCUAUGGUUAUGUCAAGCACAGUUAUAGAGAUGACUGAAUCUAUUAGCAAUGCUUCUUUGAAGAAUAUUGGGUUCACAAAUUGGCCUGAUUUUCUUUUGCCCAAAACCGUCUCUGGAGUCAAAGUGCUUCUAUAUAUUGGUUCUCACAAGUUGCCAUGGCUGCCUCAAUUUUUUUACAAGGAUUUUCACGCGGCAAUGUUUGGCAACAGAAAGGAAAAAGUGGAACUUCUUGAAGCUUUAGUAGUCAGUGACAAAGACGCAACUAUUACAGAGCCUAACUACUUCCAGAGGAUUUAUCUUUUAUGUGGAGAUAACGACAAGAUCUUUAAUAUGACAUUUUCUGAUGACAUGAAAAAGAAGUUGGGAGAAAAUACGACAAUUCAGUACAUAAAGAAUGCAGGACAUCUAGUUCAGUUAGAGAGACCAUGCACUUACAAUCAUUAUCUCAAGAAAUUUCUUUCAUCCUCGUGAAGUGAUUUUGCAUGCGAACAUGUGACAAAUCUAUAUAAUAAUAAUUUAAAUUAUAUUGGCUGACAAUGUACGUAAUGAAUCUAUUUUACUAAUUAUUGUGAUGUUAAUCAGUAUUAUUACCUUACCUAGAAAAUAAUUGUUAAUUUGUUAUCUAGGCAAUUGUUGGUGUCUCA